AUGCAGGCGGGCCGUCUCUCUGGGUUGGCGUUCGGUGCGGCGUCGGGUUGCAGCUGCAUCCCUUGUCCGCGGGUUCGCGUGGCUGCAGGCCGUGGCUUUCCCCCAGCUGCCCUGCGUCCGCUGUGCCUGUCGACGGGCGCCCCUUCCUCGGGCGUUCCCCUGCAGGCCCACCUCCCCCCGCGGGAGCGCCCGCGCGGCCAGCCGAGCGGCUGGGCCGUCGGCUGCGGGGCGGCGCCGUCGCUGUGCGGCUUGCCGGGGCUGCUGCAAGGCGCGGGGAGGUGGCCGCGGGUGUGCGGGGCUGCAGGGGCGGAGAGCGCGGGCGUGGGGGUGGGGUGGUGGCGGCUGGAGAGCGUGCGGGGGAAGAUGGUGAAGUCCUCUUCGUACCGGCGGCGGAGUCGGGCGUCGCCGACGGGCCAGGCGCAGAAGGCACACCUGGGGCCGGUGCGGCUGGCGGGGGAGUUCGUGGCGCCCGGGACAGUGCUGGUGCGGCAGCGGCGGUGGGUGGCGUGGGGCUUCGAGGGGAAGCGGCGGCGGCGGCACGUGAAGCUGUACCCGGGGGAGAACGUGGGGGUGGCGAAGGACUCUUCGCUGGUGGCUUUGGUGCACGGGCGCGUGAAGUUCACGCGGGAGGAGUCGCUGCUGCUGCUGGAGCAGCAGCUGCGGCAGCUGCAGCCGCAGCAGCUGCAGCAGCGGGCGCUGCCGCGGAUGCGGGUGAACGUGCUGCCCGAGCCGCGCGAGGAGCUGCUCGCGCAGGACCUCUGGAGGUACCGCACGGAGGCCGUGGCCUCCCCCGAGGAGAACCGCCUGCUCUGCGCCCUCCGCCAGAAGGGCCGCCAGGCCUUCGACUGCCCCCCACGAAACCCUCCAAGAAAGCCCCUGCCCAGGCCCAAGGCCCUCAGCAGACACGACCCCUGGCAGCCCAACACUCUUCCUGACGCGCCCCCUCUCUGUGAAGACAGGUGA